CCGGUCUUUGUAGUUUUCCUUCCCUUUAGAAUAUUAGUUGUGUGGUUGCUUUUCUUGUUUUUAGGUUUUACUCUUAGGUCAUGUGAGUUCCCUCCCUGAUUAAGUAUCACUUUCACCUGGUCCUCUCCCCACACACCUGCAGCUAAUCUGCCUCCCAUUAUGCCCCAGUGUAUUUAAGCCCUGUCUUGCCUCAGUGUCUUGUCGGCCCAUUGUUGUUUGACAGCGUUGUUUUUGGUGCUCUGUGUGAGCUUUGUGGCUUGUCCCAGGUUUUUAUGCUCUAAGUGAGCUUUAGUUCUAGUUUUCAGCUUUUGUGCUCCAUGUGAGCAUCCUGGAUGUCAGGACUUUUGGAUUUUUGGCUCGCUGCCUUUUGGAUAGACUUUUGUUCAUCCUGCAAUAAAAGGAUUUUUACUUUAUAUCAACUCCUGCCUCUUGUCGUCUGGGUAAUCUGCAUUUUGGGUCCUAACCAUCCCCUCAACGUGACACUGACCCUGAUGAGUUUAAAUUUAUUCAAGUAAAAUUAACUCAUCAAAAGAUUUUUCCUGUAAAAUUGAUUAAUUAUUUUUUGACUGAAGGGACUAAAGCUCAAAGUGUUUAUUUAAAUGCGUUGAAUGAUUUUUUUUACAGUGUUAAGGAAAGAUGACAAUCAAAGUUUUAUGAAGUAUUUCAUUCCUAAGCAGUCCAGGCCACACCUUCCUGUAUCUAAUUAGCACGACUCCCUCACUAUAGAGGCUAAUGACUCAUCAGAGGGGAGGGGUACUCAGAGUAGUUUCUGCUCAUUAAACAACAAUAGACAGCUACAGCUUAUGAGCUCUAAAUCAGAAUUGACAGAAGUGAAUGAUGAGAGGCCAAAACGUCUUCAAGAAACCACAGAGACGUCCAGUUGCCGUCAUCUGAACCGUUUGGAUGACACGACUGAGAACCUUCACCAGUACAAGUAUUUUUGUUAUAGUUCUUUGAGAAAAGUUUGUAUCAUCAGCAGUUCUGAGCUGUCCAAGAACCAGAAAUUGGUAUCGGUGCUGCAAACAGAAUCAUUAUGAUCUGAGCUUUUUCAACAAUGUUUUUUUCUGAUCGAUUUUUGCUGUUUGAGUCCGUUUUUCUUUAUUCUCAGAGGCACCAAAGUGGUUUAAAAACUUAAAUAAUCAUUUUCAAAUGUGACAUAAUUGCAAUUUUUGUUCCAUUUUCUCCAUUAAUUCCUUUCUACUGUGUUAGUGGGCGCCUGCGUGAAGGUUUAUUAUGGGCGGGCUGUUGGUGCAGGUCAUCAAGGUCUAACGGAAACGCUGCGAUGAAAACACGCAGAAUGGUGAGGACGGCGUUCAGCGCGCGGCGGUCGGAUGCAUGUCCUGCAGUCUUUUGAAUUGUUUUGGAUCAAAAUGUCAAACAUGACCGUGAUCCCGGUGGCGGAGGCCUCCAACAUCACCUCAGAGUGCGGCUGGUUCAGCCAGGACAACCAGACGGAGGCGCGCGUAAUGGCGCGGAUGGACUCUGCUGAUGCUGAACACAUUUUCUACUCAUUGAUGCCGUUUGGAGCCGCGGCUCCGGUUCUGAUCGUUGUUUUUAUUGCUCUGAGUAUCUGUUCUUUAGUGCUGAACCUGCUGAUUCUGUUUAACAUCGAGGAGUCUGAGGACCUCUCCUGGCAGCCGCGCUUUGUCCUCUGUAAGAACCUGAUUGUGAGUGAUGUCCUGCAGACACUCACCUUUGCGUCGGCGGUCAUCUACUCACUGGUCCGGCACCAAGCCAUGGCGUUUGGCUCCUGGUGUUACAUUCAGAACUUUGUGGGCACGGUCACUGUUUUCUGUAGCCUUACCAGCAUCACCUCCAUGGCUCUGGAGCGCUACUUAUACGUGUGUUUUGCGCUCAAGUACACCGUGAUUGUUACAGAGGAGAGGGUUCGGACAGCUGUGCUGGCAGUCUGGGUUUAUUCAGUCUCCAUGGGUCUCGUCAGCACGAGCAUGCUGCUGUACAAAGGAAGGGAAGUGGAGACUGAGCCAUACACCAUGGGACUGAUGUGUGAGCCGGACACGAUGGAGCAGCACCUGGGCUUCCCUCGCGCUCAUUCCAUCUUUCGCAAAGCGUUUGGCAGCAUCACUCUGCUGAUGUGCUUGCUGGCCCACACCUUCUCCUACUUCAGGAUGUACCAGAACGCGAGCAACGCAGUGGUGCCUUUCAACGAGGUGAACAACGCAGCGCGCAAGACGGUGAUGUUUUACUGCGGGAUGCUGCUCCUGCAGCUGCUGCCGCUGCUCUUUAAGGUCGCCUCGGACGCGCUGUGGGAGUUCAAGGGAACCGAUGGGAGGAAGCACUCCUCGUGGUUUAACUCGGGCUGCACCCCAUCGGGUAUCGCGGCGGUGUUUCACGUGUCCCUGCUCGUCAUGCUUUUGGUGCCACCGUGCGUAAACCCGCUGGUGUAUGGACUGAGGAACGCGGAGAUUCGCAAAGCGAUGGCCAAACUGUGGCGGAGGCGCGCAGAGAACAGAAUCAUGCACGAGCCUCCAAGAGACGCGAUGCGGCUCAGGAACGUUGCGCAGCAUCAGUACCUGGCUGAGGCGGCUUAGGCUUGGUUUAGUCGCACGUGCACCGUGCGUAAAAUUAAUAGUCUGAUCUCGAAAUGUGCUAAAUUGUUAUAGCAGCGGAAAUCAGGAAAAGCCAACAAAAGGCUGUUUUGUCUGUUUACAACAAAGUUUUUGAUAAUCACGCACUGCACAAAUAUUGAACACUUUCUGAUGCAAACGCGUGCCGUGAUGCAACGUGGCUUGCCUCCGACGCACAACAUGAACGUGAGACUCUGGAUUCUGAUGUCAAACCACUCCGAGACAACCGUUACUUUAAUUUUGCUGCGAUGUGACAGAAGUUUGCUUGUAAAACUCUCUAAUUGUCCCGUUUUAUGUGACUUGAAGUGAAUGUUGUGACAUCAGCUAUGCACGCUUUUGGGAUGAUUGUCAAACGUUUAUUUUGUUUAUUUGUGUACAUAUAAACAUGUAAUAUAUGACCAUGUUAGCCCAUAAUUGAACGAAAUCACAUCUAUUUUUCUGUCAAUUUUCAAAAUAAGAGCUUAAAAGUUUAGGUUUGCUUUUAAAAUAUUUUUGCUGCAAAAAAGACAUUGUGUGAGCGCGUGCGUGUGUGCGUGUGUGUGUGUGUGUUUGCAUUGCCUUGAUUAAAAUUAUUGUCCAUUAAAUGUUUCUUUCAAACAUUCAGAGAAUUAAGAUUUUAGUGUUGAAACAACGAACACUGAGAAUAAAGUUUACUGAAAAAACAAAACAAUAAAUCAUUUAACCCUCCCACUGUCCUAUUGGGUGACCCCAGCAGGAAAGUUGACCUUUGAGCAAGUUUAUCCCUGGAGUCGGGAGUGAGCUCCACCUCACCCCUGCCACACGGACCUCAACCCUGCUCAAAGGUCAACUUUCCUGGUAGGGUCAAUAGGACAGUGGGAGGGUUAAAAACAUGAAAAAUUAUGAUGUUGUCUGCUGUUUCCUGCAUUUUCCAAAAA